CAAUCGGAACCUUCCUUCAGAUUCAGACUACGAUUCAUCUCUGUGACUCCCACAGAGAGUCAUAGUCAGUUCCAGGAAAGGGAAUAAAGAACCAACCGCAUUUCAGCCGCGACCUCGUUCGACAUGGUUUCUCAGCACGGCAGAGCAAGCAGGAGUCAACAAAGUCAACAACGGGAACAGCCGGUCGAGGAAGAUGCUCCAGCUGCUACACCGAGCAUCAGGGACAUCGAUGAGAGCAACUGUUUCCGAAUCCUCAUUGCCACAGAUAAUCAUGUAGGAUACAAUGAGAGGGACCCAAUCCGGGGGCAGGAUUCGAUGAAUACCUUCCGGGAGAUUCUCGAGAUCGCCAAAGAACGCAAAGUGGAUUUCAUCCUGUUGGCCGGAGACCUUUUCCAUGAGAACAGGCCUUCGCGAGCAUGUCUGCAUCAGAUGAUUGCGCUAUUGCGAGAAUACAGCUUGGGUGAUCGGCCCGUCGAGAUGGAACUGUUGAGUGAUCCUAUGGAGGGAAACACUCCUGGAUUCAACUUCCCGGCGAUCAACUAUGAAGACCCGAACUUGAACGUAGCGAUCCCGGUAUUCUCUAUCCAUGGCAAUCACGAUGAUCCACAAGGGACUGGGCCGGAAGGAGCUCUUUGUGCGCUCGACAUCCUCGCGGCAGCAGGCGUAAUCAACUAUUUCGGUAAAGUCCACCUCGCCGCUUCUGAAGAAGACCCCAACGACCCCAAUUCCUCUGGGAUCAAGAUCCGACCCGUUCUCCUGCAAAAGGGCGGGACCAGGUUGGCGAUGUAUGGAGUAGGAAAUGUCAAGGACACUAGAAUGCAUUACGAGCUCAGGAGCAACCGGGUGCGAAUGUUCAUGCCUCAGGAGGAUAAUCAGUCGAACUGGUUCAACUUGCUGCUGGUGCAUCAGAACCGGGUGAAGCACGGCCCACAGAACUCUGUCCCAGAAGGCAUGUUUGACGAUUCAAUCGACCUCGUCCUCUGGGGUCACGAACACGACUGCAGGAUCGAACCGGAAAAGGUACCCAACAAGACGUACUACAUAUCCCAGCCUGGAAGUUCCGUGGCUACCAGUCUGGCUCACGGCGAAGCCAUCCCUAAGAAAGUGGGGAUCCUAUCGAUUCAAGAAGGACAGUUCAACAUUGAACCCAUCCCACUGAAGACGGUUCGACCGUUUAAGAUCGGUGACAUCGUUCUCGAAGAAGAGGCGGACAAUGAGGAGAACGGGAUCGAUAUGCAAAAACGGGAGACAAUCACGGCAUUCCUGAAAAUCAAGAUCGACGAGUUGAUCACCGAGGCAGAAAACGAGUGGAAAGAGCUGCAUCCUGGGACGAAGGAGAAGAUGAUGUUGCCCUUGAUCCGUCUACGAGUCGAGACAACCGGAGCGAAGGAGUUGACAAACGGUCCGCGUAUAGGUUCUGAUUUCAAAGAACGGGUGGCAAACCCGAAAGACGUGAUUCAGUAUCACAAGAAGAAGGCAUUUGUCAGCAAGAAGGACCGGGUCACGGCUGAUCAACCUGACCUCGAUGAGAUGGAUGAGGACGGGUUACUCUCCAGCAGUGGUACCGGCGAAGGACCCUCGAAGAUCCGGAUGGGAGAAUUGGUCAAGAAGUAUCUUCAAGCUCAAACCUUGGAAGUGCUGGGAGAGGACGAUCUCGAGGACGCCGUGACUCGUUAUGUGGACAAGGACGAUACGGAUGCCAUCAAGGACUUUGUGAAGGAGACACUCGAGGGAAUGACGGGAGGUCUGAAGAAGAACGAGUCGAAUGUGGACUAUGACGACAUGUCCACUUUCAAGCAGUUGAUUCAAGACCAGAAGGAGAAGCAAGCCACUCAGCCUCGGGCGGAGAGGAAUAAAGGAGGUAAACAGGCCAAUCGACAGAGAAGAGCCGGGAGCGACGAUAGCAUGUUGGAGGACGACGAUUUCAUGGGCGAGGAAUCUGAUGAUAUUCCUCUGCCGGCAAACCGUGCGACCAAGACGGCGGCGGCGAAGAAGGCUCCUGCCAAGAAAGCUCCAGCCAAAGCUCCGGCCAAGCGGGGUGCCAAAAAGGCCGCACCGUUGUUUAACAACUCUGAUGAUGAUGACGAUGAUGAGGAGGAAGAAGAGGCGGUCGAGUCUGACGAGAUGGACUUCCAACCUCGGUCAACCCCUGCGGCGGCCAAAAAGAAGACUACGGCGGCGAGUGCGAGCCGGGCCGCUGCAGGUACGAGUACGAGAGGGAAGAGGGGAGCCAAAGCUGCGACUGGAGGCGCUAGACAGAGUCAACUUAGUUUCGGAGCGAGUGGGAGCCGGCCUCCAAGGAGAGCCGCAGCGCAAGUGACCGGAUCCAUCGAGAUCUCGGAUGACGACGAGGACGAUUGAUCCAGGCGCCGGUCCCUUUGAAGGGCAAGAUGAGGUGUCUACCUAGCUACCUAUCAGAGAUUAGAGACGAGCAGAGCUCGGGAAUGCAGGACAGAUACUUGUCAUGAAACAUCUUUACGUCCAUACUUUAUGCUUUACGAGGAUAUGAUAUUACGAUCUAUGAACGCUCAGACAGCCUACAUCUUGCAUCUGAUGCGUUGGUGUCGCGGGUAGGAAGCUAUCAAAACGCUUUCCCGGA